GGCGAAGAGGACUCGUCAUUCCUUUCCACGGCGUAAUUUGCCGAGAUCCGCCACUUGGGUUUCGUAUGCAAACGAGGAGGGCUUCCCGCUGGCCGGGCCGGGGCCCCGGGCGCCCACUCUGCCCCGCGCUCUGCCUGCGAGCGGCCGGCCGGCUCCCAGCGCCCCGGACCGGAGCCCCGGAGCCCAGGGCGGGCCGGCGGAGCAUGCCCUCGCCCGCCGCCGCCGGGGGACGGCGCGACGCUGAAGCGGAGAGUCAAUGAGGAGUCCAGGAAGCCUGUCUGCGAAGCUGUCGAGAUUCAGGGCUGGCAAAGGAAGGCCAUUCAGCCCCUCCACACUUGUGUUUUCGGGGACCGAUCAUUUCUCAGUCCCUGGAGAGAGACUCCUGCUCCAAGGAAGGGAAAAUAAUGAACUUUUGGAGGUAUUACCUUUUUGCUCUCACUGCGCUCAGUGUGGUGAUUUUUGUGAUACGCUACAACAGCCGGCUAAGCCUGCCCCAGAGGAGGCUGAACGGGUCCAGCGAACGGUCCUCUGCAGGGGGUGCCUGUGAGUCCGCCCUGGACGAUACGCCCACGGUCCUGCGGGAGAAGACGGCGCCGUCCCCUCUGGGAGGUGUCCCUUGCGAGGACUACCUGGCCCAGAGCCACUACAUCACGAGCCCCCUGUCGGAAGAAGAAGUGGCCUUCCCUUUGGCCUAUGUCAUGGUCAUCCACAAAGACUUCGGUACCUUCGAAAGGCUCUUCAGGGCCGUCUACAUGCCCCAGAACGUCUACUGCGUUCAUGUGGACGAGAAGGCCACAGCUGCCUUUAAAGGUGCAGUGGAGCAAUUGCUGAGCUGCUUCCCAAAUGCCUUUCUGGCUUCCAAGAGGGAGCCGGUUGUCUAUGGCGGGAUCUCCAGGCUCCAGGCGGACCUGAACUGCCUGAGAGACCUGGUGGCCUCCGAGGUCCCGUGGAAGUACUCCAUCAACACCUGUGGGCAAGAUUUCCCCCUGAAAACCAACAAGGAAAUAGUUCAGUAUCUGAAAGGAUUCAAAGGGAAAAACAUUACCCCGGGCGUGCUGCCUCCGGCGCAUGCCAUUGGGCGGACUAAAUACGUCCACCGAGAGCACAUAGGCAAAGAUGGCUCUUUUGUGAGGAACACUAAUGUUUUGAAAACCUCACCUCCACAUCAGCUGACCAUUUACUUUGGCACCGCUUACGUGGCCCUUACCAGAGAGUUUGUCAACUUCAUCUUCCAUGACAAAAGGGCCAUUGAUCUACUACACUGGUCAAAGGAUACCUAUAGUCCUGAUGAACAUUUCUGGGUGACACUCAAUAGGAUUCCAAGUGUCCCUGGCUCCAUGCCAAAUGCAUCAUGGACUGGUAACCUCAGAGCCGUGAAGUGGAUUGACAUGGAAGACAAACACGGAGGCUGCCAUGGCCACUACGUGCGUGGCAUUUGUAUCUAUGGAAAUGGAGACUUAAAGUGGUUGAUUAAUUCGCCGAGCCUUUUUGCUAACAAGUUUGAACUUACUACAUACCCCCUGACUGUGGAAUGCCUAGAACUGAGACUUCGAGAAAGAACCUUAAAUCAGAGUGAAACUGCAAUACAACCCAGCUGGUAUUUUUGAUCGCCUGCAACUUGUGAUUGAAGGGAAGUCGCCGUUGGGAAGAAGAGCUUUUGAGAGAGGACUUCACCUUGGCCAACAGUUUCAGGACUGAGGUCAUGACCUCAGGAUCUGGCUCCACUACUAUAUGUUGAAAUAUCCACUGGACAAUAACAGGAGGCUGUGCAGAGCGGUCCUGGCCCUUUGUCCACUCUGGCUGUUUCCUGAUGCUCACCUCUAUGCCAGCUUGUUGUUCUGAUCAAUGAUCAUUUCCACUGUUGUCACAUCUUUGCACCAGAUAUUCAUCAUAUAUAAAUGUUCUAAUCAAAAGGAGAAGUGUAGGUAAUAUGAUUUAGGAAAGAAGAACUGGGUUUCUUUGAAGAGGGCAUCUUUUAUAACAGAUCUAUAGCCACAUAUUAAUGAAUACCAUUCUUCCUCACUCAACUGUACACAGAUGUAUAAGCAGUUUUCUGGGUAACUCACCAAUCUCCUUUAGAACUUGAGCUACUAGAACUGAAGAACUAAAUCCUGUUCCUGAGUUUUAGCACUAGCAUUUUCAGGUUUCUUGCUGAAGUUCUGUAUAGACUAUAAAGUCAUUAACAGGAGGCAGAAUGUGCUUUAAGCGGUCACUGCCUGCUGCUUCAGUAAAAGGACCCCGGGAAAGCAGAACACUUCUCGGUUAUAUCAGAAUGUGCUCUGAUCCCCCUUUCAUCAUUGAGAAUGCUGAAAAGUUCUCACAGAAUGAAGAAACUCCUAGAAGAGAGGUGGUAUUGCAUAGAUCUAGUCUCAAGUCUCUUAUACCUCUUCUGCCACCACCCUCCACCCCCACCAAAGUUAUCUUAACUGCAAAAUGGAGACCAAAUUCUAUCCUUGAGGCUUUAACAAUGCCAUAGUGUUCUCUGAGUGGCUUAACGACGUCUGGUGCUGAUAAGAAUGCCUAGAUUUUUAAGAGCUUUCAAUUGUGGGUGAGCAUCCCUGCAUUUAUCCCUUGUCCAUUCCCUCAUCCAAUUCAUUCAGCAUGCAGUCAGUAAAUAUUUAUUGAGUAUCUACUAUACACCAGACACAUGCUGAGACAAAGAGGGAAACGUGAGACACAAGCUUUUUCACUCUAAAAAUCUUGGUAAUGUGAAGGUUGUAAAGACUGCUCUAGAGAACCUUAGAUAAUGGUUGUAUUUUAAUACAUUCACAUGUAGACUGUAGAUUGUGAUAUCGGACCAAGGAUCUCAGUAAUUACAAAUUGAGGUUUAAGUCAGAGAUCACUCAAAAGAGAGAAGGGAAGGAAGCUAAAAAAGCCGAUGUGUUCAAGACAUUCGGCUAGCUCACUGCAUUUAAACCUCACAGCACUCUUGUGAGGUCCUCAUUAUCCCUGUUUUGCAGAUGAAGUGAGUGAGGCUUAGAGAGGUUGUUACUAAGCAUUAGGAAACAAGCUCUCUGUCUGACAAUUGGGAUUCUCCUACUGGUCUUAGUUCAUUUCCUGGGGUGGAAUAUUAAAGAAGAUGAAAUAUAGCCAUAUUUAGUAUACCAGAUAAGGUAGGUUUUAAGAAUGAUCUCAGUGUUAAUAUUGAGAAAAUGCCCUAUCACCUCAGAAAAGUGUGAAGUCUACUUUUGUAUUCCUCUAAUCUACUGAGUUCCUUAAUAUUUAUUUAUCCUCAUGAAAAACAGCUACUACAACUAAUGAUGCAUUUAACACAUUUUUUCUUUUUUUCCUGUAAUUGUGCCUGUCGAAUGUUAAUCAUAUUUAAAGAGAAUGACUGAAAUAAAGCCUUCUUUGUUCCUGCUGCUUAAAAAGAUGGAAGUGAUUGGGUGGUAAAGGGCUGAGGGUUAGGGAACACACCGAGAGCUAAUGGCAAAGUCAUUUUUCAAUUUACUUAAAUGACACCACCUAGAAGAAGAAAUGUUUUACACUGGAUAUUCUCAUAUAGAAUGAGAAAUCUUUUGGAAUAGAUGUUUACAUGUCCAUUGCUAGUCAACUCUCCUGUGUCUUUAAUACUUCAAUCUUGGAAGAGUGUAGUGUUGGACUAGUGGCUUUCUCCUUUCCAUGGAGAUGACCCAAAACUACUGAAUCUGUCUUUUUGAUGCUGUUACAUGUUGUUUUCUUGGAAAUAAAUUAAUAUAUUGUUUUCCA